AUGGCGCGUGGCGCUUUGAAAGGGCUUAAGCGAACGCGACCAUCAGCAGGAGAAAAAGUGGUUGUCAAGGGACAGCUGGCCCAGGGAGGUGCAGGUCGUUCACCGGGACAGAACACGGUUGGUUCGCAAGGAGCGGCCUCAAGCCCGAACGCCGGAGCUGAGUUGGAUAACGCGGAGUUGGUGAGCUGGCUCAACUGUGAAUGCUUCUUCUCCCUGGUGUUGGUGGGUCUACUGGCAGCAUUGCCGUUCAACCUACACACUCAAGAGCUGAUGCAAACGCCGGAGACGUACGUGGCUCGAGCUUUGGAACUGUCAGAAGACGGAGCGUUCGACAAGGCUGCUUCGCUGUACGAGCGCGCUGUCAACAUCGAAGAAACGGCUGAGAGGCAUGUUUUGCUGGGCGAAGCACUGGUUCUAGCGGAGAGGAAAGGUGAAGCCCUUUGGCACUAUGGGCGGGCUGCAGACCUGUACGACGACAGGGAGUACAAGGUGUCGACUCUGGUGAGCUUAGGACAAGUGCAGACCGAGGAAGGGUAUUCCGAUGAUGCUGUGGAAACAUACUUGCAAGUCCUCUCGUUGCAACAAGACGAGGACCCCGAUGAGGUGGCAGACGCACAUGUACAGGUGGCAAUGAGCUUGCUUGACAGUCACAACCACUCGGAAGCUGUGGGGCACCUCGAGUUGGCCACCGCUUUGGUUCCGGACUUGACUCAAGCCCAGGAGUUGUUGGCCAACACCCUCCGAGAUAUGGGAUCCGUAGAAGAGGCAAUACGACAGUACAAGAGUAUCAUCGCCCAGCGAUCAACGGAUAUCGGGACGUUGGUGCAACUCGGCUACGCGUACCACGAGCUGUGUGACUUCUCGCAAGCUCUAGCGACCUACAAAAAGGCACGAUCGUCGCCCACAAAGGCGGCAGAGAUGGACUACCUCACCGCGGCGUUGCACAGCAAAUCGUUGCGACCCUCUCGGGCCCCCACGGCCUAUGUUGCCGAUCUGUUCGACCUGGAAGUUAGAAAGAACGGGUUCUUGGAGUCACAGGCAAAGAGGACCGCUCUUGCAAGUGCGGAAGAUUCCGACUCUUCAGAGUCUCCAGGGCCUCUGGCGGAGGCAAGAAGAUCAAACGGCGAUCGUGGCAUGUUUUAUGACGUGCACGGGCUCAUAUUCGAUCGCGUGGCACCCAACAUGAGAUCGAUGAUUGAGGCCGCUCUCGGCUUGCCGACAGACGGAUUGGGUAGGAGGGGGCUGCAGUGGUUGGACAUCCUUGACCUCGGGUGCGGGCGAGGUACGAUGGGGAGCGAAUUGAAACAACUCGCCAAUUUCAUCACAGGAGUCGACCUCUCGGAGAGAGCCAUCAAGCACGCGUUACGAGAAGGGUCAUAUGAUAGCAUCCAGCAUGGAGACGCCAUCGCUGUUGUGAACACGAUGCUGCCGAACAGUUUCGACCUCGUAGUGGCGGCCGACAUGGUGCCGUACUUCGGCGACCUAGGCGACUUGUUCCGGGCCAUCGCGGCCGUCACGAGGCCAGGCGGGCUGGUUGCGUUCAACGCGGAUGCGUUAGACGCUAUUGACGAUGGGUCGGGCGGAGCAAAUGCUGGCGGGAAUGUGCGGGCGUUUGACUUGAAGUUCACCGGAAGGUGGAGUCAUCGUAGAAAGUAUGUGACUCAGAGUGUAGCGGCGGCCGGCUUGUCUGUGUUGGGGGUGCGGGUUGUUAAGGGACGAACAAGACUGGUCAGCACAGCGGCUGGCGAGAUCGUGCUGGAAGCGGCUCCACAGGAGCGACGAACAACGAUAUUCUUGUGUGGGAAAGGCACCAUGACGUAG